CCGCCAUUGCUCAACAGGCUUCAGCCGGGCCGCUAGGCCGCGUCGCCAUGGCGACGAGACCGCCUCCUUCCCGUCGUGCCCCGCGCCGCGCCCCAUCCCGGAAGCGUUGCUAUGGCGGCGGACGCGCUCCGCGGCCUGGUGGCCGCACUCGAGAGUUACCGCGGGCGCGACCGGGUGGUGCGCGCUCUCUGCUAUGGCUGUCAGCUGGCGGGCGGAGCGCUGGCCGGGCCGCAGGAAUCUCCGACCGGGCUGCCCGGGGGUCUCUUGGCCGCCUCGGCCCAGCUGAGCGCCUGCCGCACGGCCCUGCGCCUCUUGGAUGACUUCGCCAUGCUCAGCUACAGCUGCGGCUACGGGUUGGGCCCUAAGGAUGAGGAUGGGCUGGUGCGGGGGCUCUCGGUGCUCUGCAACUUGGCCAACCAGCUGUACUACCCCUGCGAGCACGUGGCGUGGGCAGCUGACGUGGGCAUCAUCCGGGGGGAAUCUCGGAAGUGGUGGGUGCUGAGCACGGUGUUCUGGGCCCUUUCCCUGCUCGUGGGGAUCCUGAGAUCACUGAGAGUCUUGUUCCAGUUGAGGAGAAAGCUGAGGCAGCACAAGGGGACAUCCUCAGCUCAGAGCCAAAAGGAGGUGAUGAAAGGCCAGGUGAAGGCUGAAGUUCUGAGCAUCCUUGCAGACGUGGCAGAUCUCUCCAAUGCCAUUCACUGGCUGCCUCCUGGGUUUCUUUGGGCUGGCUGCUUUCCUCCGUGGUUAGUAGGCCUGCUGGGAACCAUAUCCUCCCUGAUUGGUAUCUACCAAGCAUCUAGAGGAGGAAAUUAAACUGUAAUCAAGCUUCAAAGAGCCUGAUUUUCACAUGGUUAAAAACAUCUUCAGUGAGGCAGGGUGUAUUUUAGCUCUCCUGGGUGUCACUGGCUGUAAUUCCACACAGCUGGGACUGGAGCCAAGAUGUUGAUUACAGAGAGGAUUGUUUGCAAUUAACAUUUUUCUAUCACUCUUCAUCAGAGAAAUCUUUCAGGUGAAUGUUGGGAAAAAUCAGGACUGGUAAAAAAAAGAGGAGGAAAAAGGCACUUCCACCCUUCCUUCUUGUAUCCCAAAAGACAAACACAACCCUCCAGUCACAGGAACCAUCAGAAAAUCAGCACUAGGAGGAGAAACACCCAGAGCUGUGGCACACAAACCUCCCAAGGGACAAAUCCAGGCUUUGUGCUUGUCCCUCUUCUGCCCCAGGGAGGUGCCAGGUACUGUGGGAGCUUCCCCAUGGGAUGGUUUGAGCCCAGAGGUGAAGUGGUGACAUUGUGCCCAUUGUGGAGGAGAGGGGGAAGCAGCUGUACACGGUGCCUUGGGAAGCUUUCUGCCUGUCUGUGUGCUCUUUUUAAGGAGAAACACUGGAAGUUGAGAGUUCCUGGUUAAAACAAAGCCUCCGUCUGUGCCUUUACGGAAUGCCAGCGGGUGGAGCUCUUCCACCGGGCUCUGGCAGCAGCCAAAGGACUUUUUUUUUUUCUUUUUUCUUUUUUUUUAAUUAUUUUAAAUUUUUCUUUAAAGAAAGCAACAACUUUACUAAUCACCUUUCAAAGGACCAAUCAACCCGAUGCCAAGAUGAGUUUUACACUUCUGUUUCUAGGCGGUGCCACGAAUAAAGGAGACAAAUGCUUCAAAGGUGGCCUUAAGAGUGAUCAUUCCUCCUGAUAACACAGCAAGAGUUCUUUAUCUGCUUCCAGAGAGCUCCAAACGGUGCUGAGGUGACAGAAACCAGUUGUGCUGUGCAGGCUGCAGCUCCCAAGCUCUUUCCAGCCUUCCAUCUCCCAAAAUUCUUCCCAGCACCUGACUGCCCACUGUGGAAAAGCACCUUCAGGACAGGGUUCUGCCCCAGCUCUGGGUUCUGGUGGAGCAGGAUUGAACCCACCACGCUUGCUCUCUUUUUUUGUGGUGUUGUUUUUGGCACAGACAUGGGGAAACCACCUUCUGCCUGUGUUGUAAGAGCAGCCUGAGGCCUUGAUCCUCAUUCUCCUUUGCAGUGUCCUUGCUGUUUAUCUGGACCUUGGCCCUGCAGAGCUCCAGCUCGGUUGCAGCAGACGCCUUCCUGUCUGUGCUCAGCUUUUGGUGUCAGAUUUACAGGUUUUGGUACAACUCGGAGUGUGGGCAAGUGUUAUCUGGGAAAAGACUGCUUGUUUUUUGCUCUGCCUUUGUGUCUGAGCAAGCUGAGCACGGGGAGUCCUGCGUAGGUACAGCUGUAGCUCUGCUCCUGUCACCAUCUGCUGUGGCUCCUGGGGGUGUUUUUAAAUAAAAAAAACCAGAUUCUGUCACUUUGAACUUCAUUAAACCAUUC